UCAGUCAAUCAGAUGAUUAUAAAACGAAUUAAAUAAGAGAAUGAAAACUUGUUAGGGUUGUGCUUAGGGGCAACUAGUUUUAAAAGAUAUCCCCAGGGCCGCCACUACAGUCUGAGAUCUCUAAGACUGCAUUAUUUAUGUGGCCUUUUCCAGCUUCAAGUUUCUGAGUGCUAUCUUCUCUAUUUUUCUCACCGUCUCCGUCCUCUCUCUGAGUCUGAAUAAUCAUCUAGUGUCUGGUGUAUUGCUGGUUUUUGAAGCAUAAGAAAUGGAGCGAAGAAGGGUCAUUGGUUGGGCUGCUAGAGACUCAUCUGGACUUCUCUCUCCUUAUUCAUUCACUCUCAGGGAAACAGGUCCAGAAGAUGUUGUAUUCAAGGUUUUGUACUGUGGGAUGGACCAUACAGAUCUUCAUCAGAUGAGGAAUGAGAUUCACAUGACUAACUAUCCUCUGGUGCCAGGGCAUGAAGUGGUGGGAGAAGUUGUGGAGUUGGGGUCAGAGGUAAGAAAGUUCAGAGUUAAAGACAAUGUGGGAGUUGGGUGCAUUGUUGGGUCUUGUGGGGAAUGCUUGUCAUGCAAAUCCAACAUAGAGCAGUACUGCAACAACAUAAUCCUCACUUACAAUGGCACAUACAAAGAUGGAAGAUCAACUCAGGGAGGCUUCUCUUCUCUCAUGGUUGUUGAUCAAAAGUUUGUGGUCCGGAUACCAGAAAAGCUUGCACCAGAGCAGGCAGCACCACUUCUGUGCGCUGGGGUGACAGCCUAUAGUCCUUUGAAACAGUUCAAGGGGUCUAAGAAGGCUCUCAAUGCAGGGAUUUUGGGUUUGGGGGGAGUUGGCCAUCUGGGUGUUCUGAUAGCAAAGGCAAUGGGGCAUCAUGUCACUGUCAUAAGUUCUUCAGAUAAGAAGAGGGUGGAGGCGUUAGAGCAUUUAGGCGCAGAUGCUUUUCUGGUAAGCACCAAUGCAGCUGAGAUGGAGCGAGCAGCGAACAGCCUCGACUAUAUCCUCGACACGGUGCCGGCUGUGCACCCUUUGCAAUCCUACCUUCCACUUCUCAAGGUUGAAGGGCAGCUAAUACUAGUUGGGGUUGCCCCUCAACCACUGCAUUUUAGUUCCGUCGACCUGAUUCUAGGAAAGAAGAUGAUAUCUGGUAGUUUCAUUGGAAGUAUGGAGGAGACGCAGGAGAUAUUGGAGUUCUGGGCUGAAAAGGGUUUGACAUCAAUGGUAGAAGUAGUGAAAAUGAAUUACGUGAACAAGGCAUUCGAAAGAAUGGAAAGGAAUGAUGUGAGGUAUAGGUUUGUGCUGGAUGUGGCUGGCAGCAACCUGGAAUAAUAUUGAUGAAGCCCAUAUUUCUGUCUGCAAUGGCAAUUUCAGUUCCUCUCCUACAAACACCCUUGGAAUAAAACAAUAAUAUGCCAUCUAUUUACAAAUGGCAACUUCAUUUCACUAUCGUGUGUUUCUUAUACAAUACAACACAAUUCUAAGAAAAAUUGUGCAUGUUUUCUACCUUGCAACUCUGGCUUUUAUUUCAGCUGUAAAUACAUAUUUACAAACUCUGAAUUAAAGAAGUGCUUGAAGCAGAGCUGAAAAUUUUGGUGAUA